AUGUCAUCAUCUCCAGUUAUCAUUGUUACCGGUGCCUCUAGAGGUAUCGGUGCUUCUAUUGUUGAGCAGCUCAUGGCUGCCCCUGAACAACCUCGUGUUGUUGGUGUUUCCCGUUCUUCUGCCGGCCUCGAGGCUUUGGAAAAAAAGUACCCUGAGCGGUUUACCUACGUUACUGGUGACGUUGCCAAGGAUAGCACUUCAGAUGCCAUUAUUUCUCGUGCUCUUGAAAAGUUUGGUCGUAUUGAUGGUGUCAUUUGCAAUGCUGGUGUUUUGGAACCAAUUGCUCCUGUCGCAAAAGCUUCUCUUGAAGAUUGGAAAAAACUUUAUGAUAUUAACUUCUUUGCUCCAGUAUCACUUUCCAGCAAAGCUAUCCCAGAACUCAGAAAAACUCACGGCCGCAUUGUGUUUGUCUCUUCAGACGCUUCUACUAUCUUCUUCAACGGAUGGGCCGCUUACGGAUCUUCAAAGGCUGCAAUUAACCACUAUGCAGGAUCUAUUGCCGCAGAGGAAAAGGAUAUCUUUGCCAUUGCCAUUGCUCCUGGUAUCGUCGAUACAAACAUGCAAAACAAUAUCCGUGACAACUUUGGCGAAGGCAUGUCUUCUGAUGAACACAAGUUUUUCCAUGAGCUCCACAACACUGGCAAGCUUCUCCCCCCACAAAUCCCUGCUGCUGUUGUUGCCAACCUCUCCCUUAGAGGAUCCGGCGAUAUUAAUGGUAAAUACCUUAGCUACGAUGCUGAGACCCUUGCCAGCUACCAACUUCAAAAAUAA